AAUAAACAAUGUCUCACCACCACCAAAAGUAUUAUGAGAGACCAGAUGGAUAUGUGUACUCACCUGAAGAAUUGGAUGCUCAUAGAAUUCCUUUGCCCUUUAGAGACAGAUGUGUCAAUUUCUAUGUCCCCUUCUUCAAAUGCCAAUAAAUCAAAACAGACAAUCUAUUCAAAACCGCACUCGCAGCCAUCGACUAGACUUUGGAUCAUUGGGGUGGAGAAUGCUACAAAGAAAAAAGAGACUAUGUAAAUUGUGCUAAAGCAGCUUACCAAUAUUCCUUGGCCAUCCCUGUUCAAAAUAUUUAUACUGCCAAUCCAUGGUAUGCUAGUCAAGAAGCUGUUUCAUCCGAAUUAGAAAAAAAUCAUUUUAGUUCACCAGUCUUUACAAAAUAAAACAUUAUUAUUAUUUACAUGCAUUAUUCACUUGUAGAAGGAUCUUAAUAAACCGAUUCCAUUCAUUACCCUUCUAAAAUUCACGUUAGAUAUCCUUCUUAAUUGCAAAUGGGUUCUCCUAGAAUAAUUCUCUUGCAAAAUCACUUUCCUGCUGUGAAACCUAUCAUUGUAAGAAAACCCCAAUAAGGAUCAAACUUAAAAUAACUCAAAAAUGCCUACUACACCAAUCGAUAACCUGUCAAAACUCUCUGCAACGAAUAAUUGGAAAUACCAAAACAAGAGAAAAUACUAAAAGAAAAAAACAAAAAACUAUAAUUGAGGAAAAAUAUGACCAGAAAAUUAUUGAAAAUUACAGAGUAUCUAGCUUCCUACAGAAAGCCCUGA